CUUUUUUCAUCAUAUUGCUUAUUUUAUCAAUUUCUUUAUGCGCACUACAUGCGAUGAAUAUUUAUUUAUCACCGUGAGAACGAUGUGUUUGAUAUUUCGUGCGAAUUUUGAGUGUUAAUUGUGAUUUGUGUGAUCAAGUCCGCGCAUUCGACAAAUGCGCUUGCGCUUGAUACGACUUCUCAUUGAUGGAUGCUCACGUGAUGUAUAAUACGGUUGUUUGAUCGACGAAUCAACGCUAAUUUACAACAAAAGGCGCGUUCAGUAUAACGCAGUCUUGUGUCUAAGCAAAGCAGAUGAGGAGAAGCCUAGGAAGGACUAAUAUUUGUACGAGAUAAUUUGGUCGACUUAUUAAAGGUGUUUUAGGACAAGAUGUCUGAGAAGGGACGAGGAAGAAGUCGUGGACGUGCUUCAUCCCAAAAACCACAGCAACCAGGACCUUCGCAACAGCUCCCACAUGCUCAACCAUCAGGAAGUCAUGAAAGUCGUAGACCAGGACAAACAGUUGCUCAAGCAACUUCUGGUGGACGUGGUUUCCAACAACGUGUUGGAGGAAAGGGUGACAGUGCAGUUGCACAAAUAGGUAGAGGCAUUGAGAAAAUGGUAAUGCCACCUGGUGCUGGUGGAGAUACUCCUGCUGAAGGUACUGCUGGACCAUCUUUUCUCAUUACUGCAACAGGAAGAGGAGCUUCCCGCGGAAAAAGAACUAUAUCAGCGGAUAUCUUUGUUACAAAACCAAGCCAUAUUGUAAACAAAAAGGGUUCUCACGGUAACGCAAUCACUCUGAGGUCAAAUUACUUCAAAUUCAUUAAUGUGACUGAUUGGUGCGUUUACCAAUAUCGUGUCGACUUUGCGCCCGAGGAAGAUCGCACUGUUGUACGUAAAGGUUUGGUCAAACUCCACCGAAAAUCUAUCGGUGCAUACAUCUUCGAUGGCACUGUACUGUAUACGAGUAACCAAUUGCCCGAGAAAAUGGAGUUCUUGUCAACCCGACAAUCGGAUAAUGUGCAUAUCAAAAUCGACAUGCGUAUUGUUGGUAGUAUUUCGCAGGGUGACCCCCAUUACCUUCAAUUUUUCAAUAUAAUUAUGAGAAAAUGUCUAGAUUAUUUAGACUUAAAAUUGGUCACUCGCAAUUAUUUUGAUCCUGUAAACAAGAUAUGCUUGCCGGAACAUAAAUUAGAAUUAUGGCCAGGCUAUAUAACAUCUAUCCGACAACACGAACGUGAUGUCUUGAUGUGCGCUGAAAUAACAACUAAAGUUAUGCGUCAAGAGACAUUACUAGAUAUUCUGAAUGAUUGUUAUAGAAUCGACAGGCAGAAUUUUAAGAGGAAUUUUGCAUCUACGGUAGUUGGAACAAUAGUUCUCACUGAUUAUAAUAAUAACACGUAUCGCAUUGAAGAUGUUGAUUACAACGCGAAUCCAAAAUCAACGUUCCCUAUGAAAGACGGCGAAAUGAGGUCGUAUGUUGAUUAUUAUUAUAAGAAAUACGGUAUCAAAAUUACGGAUUUCAACCAACCGAUGCUUCUGACAAGAAAUAAGCCAAAGGACCGACAAGCGGAUGAAGGAAAUGCUGUUUAUCUAGUACCUGAACUAUGUCGUGCUACAGGUUUGACUGACGCAAUGCGAGACAAUUUCCAAAUGAUGAGAAGUUUGACUCAAUUUACAUGCGUCAAUGCAGCAGAUCGUAUUGACAGAUUGUUAUCAUUUAAUAAAAGACUUCACGACAAACUUGAAGUUCAAAAAGAACUCAAUCAAUGGAACCUGACGUUGGAUAAAAACUUGAUUGAAAUUAAUGCACGGGUUUUGCCGCCAGAAGAUCUGAUAUUUGGUGGCAAUGUACCUGUUAGGGCUACACGUGGCGAUUGGGGUAGAGAAAUGCAAAGUAAACGAUGUUUAAUUGCCAAAGAAUUGAUAGACUGGGUUGUUAUUGUUUCAGAACGUGAGAGACGCACUGUCCAGAAUUUUAUAGACAUGCUGUUGAAAGUAUCACGGGGAAUAUCAUUCCACGUGGAGCAGCCUAAAAUACUUACUAUUCGAGACGACAGGCCAAGUGGAUAUAGCGAAUUUCUCGAAGAAAUUUUAUCCAAGCAAAUACCGCAAUUAAUAUUUUGCAUAGUACAAAAUAAUCGCAUAGAUCGUUAUUCGGCGAUUAAAAAGAAAUGCUGUGUGGAUCGACCUGUACCGUCACAAGUCUAUUUGCAAAAGAAUUUGAUACAUAAGAACGUCAAAUCUAUCGCUACGAAAGUAGCGAUACAGAUGAACUGUAAGUUAGGCGGAGCACCAUGGCGCAUAGAAGUUCCAAUAGAAGGAUUAAUGGUUAUUGGAUUCGAUGUUUGCCACGAUACAGCAAAUCCGGGCAAAGAUUUCGGCGCAAUGGUGGCGUCCUUAGACAAAAGUCUCACAAAAUAUUACAGCACAACUACCGCACAUAUGGACGGUAAUGAACUAUCACGUACAUUUGCCGUAAACAUCCAUAAGGCUGCGGUAGCGUAUCGCGCGCACAACAAAAGUUUGCCCGCGCGCAUUUUGAUUUAUCGCGACGGCGUUGGCGAGGGCCAAUUGACGCAGGUAAUGGAGCAAGAAGUCGUGGAUUUACGCAAGAAAUUGAACGACCUAUAUGGUGGUGAAAAGUAUAGAAUGUCAUUCGUGGUUGUGACAAAGCGUCUCAAUACCAGAUUCUUCUGGAACAAUACGAAUCCACCGACAGGUACGGUGGUCGAUGAUGUCAUCACUUGUCCCAUCAGAUAUGACUUCUUUGUCGUGUCGCAGCAAGUGAGACAGGGCACAAUAACACCCACUUCGUAUAACGUUAUUUAUGAUAAUAUUGGCUUGGAUCCGGAUAAGAUGCAACGUCUCACAUAUAAGUUAACCCAUAUGUACUACAAUUGUUCAAACACUGUCCGAGUACCGGCUCCUUGCCACUAUGCUCACAAAUUAGCAUUCUUAGUAAGUAAAUUCAUUCAUCAGCCACCAAACUCACAAUUGGAAAAUACGUUGUUUUUCUUGUAAUCGUUCACAUUCUAUUUUUAUUUUUCUUUAAAUAUCUUUUGCGUUUAUUUUUAUAUUUUCAUACGUCGCAUGCAAAAAAUUUAUUUUUUGCAAUUUUAGUUUUUUUUUAUUCCUGAUAGAAAACGCGAUCAGUAAUUGAUAUGUGAUAAAUCACAGAUAUUUCGAUUAUUCGAAUAUCGCUAACAUUUCGAUUAUUUUUAAGUUUAUACAUUUUCCGCUUUAAUAUAAGUAACAUUUUAGUUACUAAUAAUGCAAUAACAAAUUUGUGCUCAAGUUAAUCGAUAAUCUAUACUAACAAUUCUUAUAACGAUAUGACAAAAUUUGGUAGGAAAAGGCCACGAUUAUUUCAGUUUUGUUACACAUCUUAAAUAAAUGAAAAGUUCAAUUAUUGGCGGCGUAAUAUGCAUUGACAUGAAUGCACAUAACUUUUAUAAUUAUACAUUUUAAUAAGAAUACAUUUGAUUAUUAAGUACAUAUGCACUUAUAAUACAACAGCAAGAUAAUGAAUCGAAUAACAUAUUAACUUUAUCCAAUUGAGAUAAAUAAUCUAUUUUUAUAUUAACCAAAAUGUCUGCGAUAUUAUCUGGUUAGCCGCAAAGAACAAGUAUAAAAAGAGUAUAAACUAUAAAAA